UGCGCAAAUCGGUUUUUAGUGCCUCCGGGAGAUUCUUAUAAUUAACCCUUAGCCUGGUCAUUAAGCUCAUGGAACCGUUAGGCGGUGGCCAAUUGGACGAGCGCGUCCACCAGUCAGGUGGGUUGCCGUUCACAAUAGUAAUCUCAAUAUCUGAUAAUCCGCAGCGAUCCGCCUCGUUAUCUUCGAAAUCCAAAUAGUCCAUGUUCAUUGUGUAGGAAAUACGGCAAAUUCUAGAAUAUGCUUAAAAUAAAAAAAUUCAAACAAUUUUUUUUGCAAACCAAGAAACCAUUCAACUUCCGGUUUACCUCUUCAACCCAAGUUCCCUUAACAACAAUGCCUUUACGAAGAGGGAAGUCGUAGAGCAUACCAGUCGAGCAGAACGGCUCCAUGAUGCCAUUGCAUAAACUACCUUCAAUAUGGCGAUGCCGGACAAUGGCGGGGUGUCCGAUGCAACAUUACGCCUGCUUAAUCUUGAUCGUUCAACGUACGACAGACUUAAGAACACUUUCCAACAGGAUAUGGACCUCAUGGGCGUUUAUGAUUUCGUCUUACUUUUGAUAAAAAAUUUUUGUUUACACAAGAAAGACGACGUAGUGGAGUUGGUUAAAAACGAGGGGCUUCGAAUAGUGACAAGGGAAAAGCAUGUGUUCGAUCGACCCGAAGCUGUUCGAUUUGCCAUUAUACGUGCUCAAGCAAAGGGAACCCCGUUAGACGUGGAAGAGCAUGCGGCGACCCUGGAAUCACUUUUAGAAGGACCAUCUGAAGCUGUGUUGGUUGCUGGAACGGAAGCUGGUCAAAAAUUACGGGAGCUUUUAGGUCCCGCUGAUCCACAGAUCGCCCGUCGAAGCCAUCCAGCUUCUUUGAGAGCGCGUUUCGGUGGGAAUAGACUCUCCGAGAAUGGUCUACAUUGUUCUUUGCAGAGAGAAGAAGCCAACCAAGAACUCUCUUUGGUUUUCCCCAAUUAUAUUGAGAUGCUGAGAGCUGACGGUUAUUCAAGCCAUGUGGAUCAAUGGCUGUGGACGCUGUGGCGCAACGAACCCCAUAAAAACCUCAUCAACUCAAGUUUCCUUAACAUUGCACGCUAUUCUAGCAGGCAUGCAGACCGCUACGGUGAACUAAGGGAGAUGCUGUCUGCCAUCUUGGGGUUCUUUAUUCGAAGCAUACUUUCGGUGUUUAACAUGUUGUCCUCUUUAACAUCAACACCGAACGCCACCCCAAGCUCUUAUCACCAGGCCACGACGUCCGAGUCUAUUCUAUCCGGCACCGAAGAAGAAGAAAUCGCCCGAGCGGUACUGGCUGACGAGCUUGGCAUUGUGUUUAGUGAGCUUUCACAACAACCUCAAUCAUCGAUACGUGCGAAAGGUCAGCCCAACCUUCCAUCCGUAAGUCAGCACCGCGAACUGGGAGAAUCAGCUCGAGAAAAACUGUUUACCAAUCAGCGUCCUGGAAGCCCAAAAGAAAGCAGCCCUGAUCCGCCAGAUGUCAGAAGGUCUGCCUAUACUCAGCGGCCAACAACAUCAGGAUUUUCCGGUGUAAAUAGCGCAGCCGAUAUGUACAGGCGUAGCAAUCGGAAUAUGAACAUGCACCAUUCAGAAAGAACGCUGCAACGCGAAACAUCGGACAUUACAGAUGAAUUACUGGACCUUCACGGCACGGGUGCUCUGUUCCUAUGAAGGUGUACUGUUCGACUUUGUUUUGGUUUGGGCAAUCCAGGUUGAGUUGCGGUCCUAUACGGCAUUGUUUGUUUGUCUCAGCACAUAAUUAUUUACCAUUGACACUUCCAUCGCUGCUUACUUUCUCCAGAAUUGCUUAUUGCUGCAAGUAUUCAGAACAAAGACCACAGCAAUCACAGUUUGCAAAAAACGCUGAAGCGGGAAACGUGUGAACACAA